CUUUCCAGGCCUCAAUAAGCACAAACACUUCCAGAACGAAGCAAGAACUUUCAAGCCCUGCCGAGGCAGCCUCUUCAAAUCAGCAAAACGCAGUACAUCCAAGGGAAGGAGGAAGAGGUUGUGACUGUCCAUCCUCGGGACACGUUCAUUCCUCAGGAGGGCUGGACCUUUCUUGCUGCUGACUUCUGCCAGGUGGAGCUCCGCUUGCUGGCUCACUUCUCCUCCGACCCAGAGCUGCUGCGCAUUUUCACCAACCCACAGGCUGACGUCUUCGCCAUGCUGGCCUCUCAGUGGAAAGUGAUGAGUGUUGAUGACGUGACUCCUGAAGACAGGGAACAUGCCAAACGCAUUGUGUAUUCACUGGUUUAUGGAGCAGGUCGUGAACGUCUGUCGGGGAUUUUGGGGGUGAGCCCUGAGCAGGCUAGUCGUUUCCAGGACACUUUCCUCCAGACCUACAGAGAAGUCCAGGCCUUCAUCCAGAGAACCGUCCAGCAGAGCCACAGACAAGGUUAUGUUCUCUCAUUAAUGGGUCGCAGACGUAACCUUCCCCACAUCAACUCCCCAGACUGGGCGAUCCGCAUGCAGGCAGAGAGGCAGGCCGUCAACUUUGUGGUUCAGGGUUCUGCUGCGGAUCUCUGUAAGAUGGCUAUGAUCACGAUCUUUGACCUGGUCUCCUCCUCCAGCUCGCUCUCUGCCAGGCUUUUAGCACAGCUUCAUGAUGAGCUUCUUUAUGAAGUGGAAGACUCUCAGGUUGAGCAGUUUGCAGCUCUGGUGAGAAGCACCAUGGAGUCCCUUCAGCACAUCAACCAUCUAGGAGUCCAUCUAAAAGUGCCCCUGAAGGUGGCAGUCUCCAUUGGCAAGUCCUGGGGAUCCAUGUCAGAGCUUCACACUCCACCUUCUGUCUCCUGAACUCCAUCUUCCUCCUUCCCGUCUCCACCUCCACCGCCAUGAUUAUUUAUCUAAUCUCCUUGUUUCAUGUGGUCAUAUUCUUUCCCUUGACCCCCUGUUUGUCACACAUCCAUCUUUGACCCCGUCUUCAGUCCCUUAUCCUGCUCCUCCCUCUCAAACAUCUAUAUUUUGUCCCCCCUCCUCCCACCCCUUCACUCGUCCAGCAUCCACGUUGCUAUGGAAACCAGGCAGCUGCAGCUGGUGGUUCUUGCUUCCUCUCUAUCUGUUUCUGGGGGCAACCGCUGACUGGAUUGGACCAGUUCUCUCUCUCUCUCUCUCUCUCUCUCUCUCUCUCUCUCUCUAUCGUGCAAAGAAACAGAUCCCCUGUCCACCUCCUCCUUUUCUCCUACACACACAGUCACACACACAUACAUCUCGUUAGGACUAAAAGAAAAUGUUUCCUCUGCCUCGUUACCAAGGUGCAGUUUCAUGUUUGAGAGAGAGCUCGAUAUUCAUUGGUUGCUAAAAUUGGUUUGUUAGUUGAGCUUCUAGAUAUAACCAAACACUGUUUUUUUUUUCUCUGCAUUGUUAAUAUGUAUUUUUUUUUUUUAAAUGCGUAAGAAAUGAACUUAGAAUGGAAACCUGGUGUGUCUAAGUGGAUCCAGCAGUCUAAAUGGAUAUAAGCUUUAAAGUUAUUGAAAAGAUGUCUUUUGCCAGUCCCAGAUUUGAUGCUCUAAUGAAAGGCUUGUGGUCCAUUAUCUUUAUUAACAGGAGAAAUUUGAGCCCCGUUAGUGAACAGACAGCGUGAAAUCCUGAUUUCAUUCAGCUACCGGUCAGCUUUACAUUUCGUUACAUGACUUAAAGCAGCUCAUCUAAUUUUUGCUCAUCUGUGAGCUUUCAUUUCUCUGCUCACUCUGGCUCGUCUUUUUCCUGCCCACUUGGCUCCAGCACACUCACCCCUUUUGAAUUGUUUCUGCCUUGCUCUCUUUCACUCUCACACAUUCCACAAAUGCUCACACAUUCAUCGGCUCCCUGGCACACUGACCGAAUUUCUUUUUGUCUGACAGCCACGGCAAGACGCCCUUUUUUUUUUUUU